UAUUGCUAUGAAACGGUUAACUGCACGUGAAUCUCUAAGAUUGUCUAAUCAAGAACCAUCGUUAUUGGAGAAAAGACUUUGCGAAGCAUUUGAUAUAUUCGAUACUGCAAAAACAGGUGAAAUAGAUGUUAGAGAUUUGGGAACCAUUAUCAGAGCCUUAGGAUGUGUCAUUACUGAAGCAGAAUUGCAAGAAAUACAGGUUGAAGUGGAAAAUGUAGGAAACAACUGUGUACCACUAAAUAGAUUUUUGGAAUACAUGUGCAAGGCUAUUAAUGAACGCAAAUAUAAACCAGCUGAACCAGAGGAUUUAUUAAAAGCAUUCCAAUUAUUAGACCCUGAAAACAAAGGAUACAUUGUGAGAGAUGAUUUAGAAAAAGCAAUGGUGGAAAUUGGAGAACCAUUUUCAAAGGAAGAAAUAAAUAAUAUGAUGUCUAUUGCUUGUGAUCCAGAUACCAACAAAAUUAAUUAUGAACACUAUAUUAAUUUAUUGCUUGUAAAAAUUCCUCCUGAAAGUAAUGUGUAUUCCAUUGUUGAUAAGUUAGAUGCUAUGAGAUUAGAAGCUAUGCCUAAAAAACGUAGAUUGGAGAGUCUUCUUAUGACCUUUUCUGAAGUUACUUGAAAUCUAUAAUUUUUUGAUCAAUUAUAAUAGUACUAUUCGUUAAAAAAC